AUGGACCCCACUCCGAAUCCUGGAGACUUGAGGGGCAAUGAAGACCUGCCCGCGUUAAGACCUGGUGGAUCGGAAGCUUUGCCAGCGGAUGCAUCCGCCGUGAUAUCUGCAUCCCAGCAGACCGCCGCCGACAACAUCCGGACGGAUCCUAACCACACGCCCAUUGCCGAUUUCGCGCGUCAACAAGGAGACCGCCCUCCCCAAUAUCCGGCAGGCGUCCGGCGAUUCGUCGGACUAACCGAUAAUCAACUGCAGCAGAUGCCAGACCAGGCCACAGUCAUGGCUUCCGGCGUCCUUGAAAUGGCCCACACCUUGCCGGCACGGCGUGUCGAUCAUGAUGAAAUCGAAGGUGAGUAUUGGUUCAUCACGAACUGGCGGCGCUCGCGUUCCAUUCAGGAGGUCACCAGCACCUUGGAUCGCCUCGAAAACCUCAUCCUAGGCCCUUUGCAUGAAACUUCAACAUGUUCGAUAUGUUUGGAAGAUUACGUCGAAGGCGAUCGUCUAGUUGUGCUACCGUGCCAUGAAUCCCACAUUUUCCACCGUAAAUGCUUGAACGUAUGUUCCUAUAUACCUUCAUACAUCCUUAAAGGAAUACCCAUCUGA